AUGGCUUGCACGGCUGCCCUGACGCGCCGUCCGGCCCUCAACCUGCUUCUCUGCCCCGAACUCCAGUCACAGGCCAGCCGACGAUGGCAGUCGACCUACCGCCGCACCAAGAAGCGGCUACGCAUAAAACCUGACGCCUCCUUUGCUCCCUCCAGCUCGACCGAAGCACACAUCAUCCACAACCCUCCUUCCAGCGCCCCCUCCGUCUACCUCACACCUACAAAAUUCCUGCCUGCCGACGACAUACGGCGGACACUACGGGGGAAGCUGGAGUCCACGACAGACGUCAACGUUGGCGAGCUGCCAUCCUUACUACAAGCGGAAAAACCAAAAAAAUACCUGACCAAGGAGGAGAUAGAGGCCAUGCGAGAGCUGCGGAAGAGUGAUCCCAUGCACUGGAGCCGGAGCAGGCUGGCAGAGAAGUUUGGGUGCAGCACGUUGUUUGUAGGAAUGGCAUGCGAGGCGGCCGGAGAGAAGAAGGCUAUUCAACGGCAGAUUCUGACAGCUGUCCAGUCUCGAUGGGGCCUCAAGCGGACGAUGGCUCGCGAGGACAGGCAGCUGCGUAAGGAGGUCUGGGGGAGGGACAAAUAA